CAAGACACCAUCAACGACGAUCGCCAACCGCGAGCAUCAUCGCUGGCAGAAAUCGCGAUCGGACUGCAUACAAACGACCAUCCCAAGUGCAUCGUGUCAGUUCUCCGCAGUAUCCAAAGCAACAGCACCAUGACCACAGCACACGAGCCAGCAUCGCUGCCUCCGUUGGAUGAGGUGGCCGAGUUCUCCAUCAAGCGCUCGCACGAGCUGUUUCUGGAGUCACAGGCACUGUUCCCGACCCCACCAGACGACCCUCCAAGCCAGAAGCUCAAGCUGACCAGCAAGAUCAUGGACGAGUGGAACGGCGUCCGGGAGCUCCCACAGGCUGUGGUGAAGCACCAGCACCAGCAACAGCAAGCGGCCAAGGCCAAUGUCCCGGCCAAGCCUGCCCCCAAACCCCCAGCGACAGAUCUGCCGACAUCAAACCCGGCUAUCGGUGCUCUGAUCGAUCAGAUACCCGCGGCCCCGAAAUCCGAAUCGUCAGGGGCUUCUGGUGCUCUUCUACUGAGGGCCAAGGGAUCGGCAGAGGAUGGCAUCUUCAAGGAUUCGGGAUCGUCUUUGAUCCGCAUCCGGGAGCCCAGAAAGGUCCCCAAGCCCCAGUGGCAUGCCCCCUGGAAGCUGAUGCGGGUGAUCAGUGGACAUCUUGGAUGGGUCCGUGCAGUCACUGUCGAUCCUGGGAACGAGUGGUUUGUGACUGGCGCCGGCGACCGCCUCAUCAAGAUCUGGGACCUGGCUUCAGGCACACUGAAGCUGACGCUCACCGGCCACAUCUCGAUGGUCCGUGGCCUCGCCGUCUCGCCGCGGCAUCCGUAUCUCUUCUCGUGCGGCGAGGACAAGCAAGUCAAGUGCUGGGAUCUCGAGUACAACAAAGUCAUCCGACACUACCACGGGCAUCUCAGCGGCGUCUACUCCCUCUCCUUGCAUCCCACCCUCGAUGUCAUGGUCACCGGCGGUCGAGACUCUGUGGCUCGGGUGUGGGACAUGCGGACCAAGGCUCAAAUUUUCACACUCGGGGGACAUACUCAGACCGUGACGGACGUCAAGUGCCAGGAGGCCGAUCCCCAGGUCCUGACGGCGUCCUCCGACACCACGGUCAAGCUGUGGGAUCUUGCCGCCGGCAAAGCCAUGACAACCCUGACGCAUCACAAAAAGGCCGUGCGCGCGCUGGCCAUCAAUCCGAACGAGUUCACCUUUGCCAGUGCAAGUCCUGACAGCAUCCGGCAGUGGAAGUGUCCCGAAGGCGAGUUCAUCCAGAACCUCGUUGGCCACAAUGUGAUUGUCAACACACUGAGCGUCAACCAGGACGGCGUGCUCUUCUCUGGAGGCGACGACGGCUCAAUGCACUUCUGGGACUGGAAAACCGGAUACAACUUCCAGCGCGGAUCGACUCAGGUCCAGCCUGGCUCGUUGGACAGCGAGUCAGGCAUCUUUUGCUCCACGUUUGAUCGCACUGGCCUGCGGCUCAUCACGGGCGAGGCUGAUAAGACCAUCAAGAUCUGGCGAGAAGACGAGAACGCGACCCCAGAAACCCACCCGGUCACAUGGAAACCCACUCUGGCAAAGGGCGGACGAUAAGGGCUGCUGCUCGCACAAGUCGGCCAUUGUAUUGCAGGGACGGUCUGCAGUUGUCGCAGCCCACUCACUGUCUAUCACAACUCGCUGGCUCGCAUAUCAAUAUAUGACUGGCUGCACCGCUACAACGCAUUAUGCCAGAGGCCCUCCG